CUCCACCCACUUCUCCGCACUGGCCAAUCAUGAGCACAACAGUCAGCGCGAGGCGGGGAGUGGCAGAGGAUUCAAACAGAAAAUGGCGGCUGGGAAGGAAGCACAGAGAAACAAACAAAAUCACAGGGAUACAUUUUGUAAUGUUGUCAUCAGCCAUGAGACCUGUCCACGGAGCCAGCCCAUCAUCUUCAAUCCUGAUUUUUUUGUGGAGAAGCUACGGCACGAGAAACCAGAUGCUUUCAUGGAGUUGGUUCUCAGUAACAUCACACGGCUGAUUGACCUUCCAGGGACUGAAUUUGCUCAGCUCCUGGGGGAGGUGGAUCCCAAACUGCACAGUGGGACUGGGGUGGCAGCAGGGUUUCUUCGCUCUUUAAACUUUCUUAAACGCAAAGAUAAAGGUGUUAUAUUUGGAGCCCCUCUGACCGAGGAAGGGAUUGCACAAAUUUACCAGCUAAUUGAGUAUUUGCACAAAAACUUACAAGUGGAAGGGCUGUUCCGAGUCCCUGGGAACAGCAUCAGGCAGCAAGCUCUGAAGGAGUGUCUGAACAGCGGUACUGAUAUAGACCUGGAUUCUGGGGAAUAUCAUCCUAAUGACGUGGCCUCCUUGCUCAAAACGUUUCUCGGGGAACUGCCUGAAACACUGCUGACUCAUAAGCAUUACCAUGCUCAUCUUAAAAUAGCAGACAUGACCCUGUUUGAUGAGAAGGGGAAUAAGACCACAGUUCCAGACAAAGUGCGUCAGAUUGAGGCUCUGCAGCUGCUGUUCAUGCUUCUUCCACCUGCCAAUCGAAGCCUCCUGAAGCUCCUGUUGGAUCUCCUCUACCAGACUGCCAGGCAGCAGGAGAAAAACAAGAUGUCUGCCUCUAAUCUGGCCCUCAUGUUCGCCCCUCAGAUCAUGUGGCCAAAAAAUCUGACGGCAUACGACCUCCAAGAGAAUAUGAUGAGACUGAACUAUGGCAUGGCAUUCAUGAUCAAGCACUCUCAGAAAAUAUUCCGGGCACCCGUUUACAUUCGAGAGCAUGCCAGGAUUGAAUUUUCAGGAUCCAAAAUUGUUCAGUCCAAGGAUGACUUGGACCUGUUGCCCUCUCAAGGCUCCAAAGGUCUGCUCCCCUCAAAGCGGAACUGCAUCGAUCCACCCUGCUCCCAACCAGACGACAGUCGAUAUCACACAGAAGAGGCGCUGAAGGAGCUCUUCCGCCAUGUCCACAACAUGCCAGAGUCCGCUAAGAAGAAAAAAAUAGUUAGACAGUUUAAUAAGCAGGCCACCCCCAGUACUCCAGUGUUUGACAUGCAGACACCUCCCAGGAAGAAGCAUGCCAGGUCUCGCUCAUUUGGAGGACUAAUAAAGCGUAAAGUAUUGGGGAACCAAUUUGUAAUGGAAAAGAAAAACAAAAAUGUGACGCCAGAAAUGACUACUUGUAGCUCAGGACAGAUAGACAAAGCGUGUAAAGAAAACGUCAAUCUCAAUGUGUUACAAAGACCCCAUGACUCUCCAGCCUUGCUUAAUAGACAACUGUGUCCACAGUCUUCUAAUGAUUACCUCGGCAGAGAGAAGGAAUCAUGCAGUCUUACAAAUGCCUGUUUUUCCCCAACGCACGAGUCUUCUGUUUAGAGAUGGGGUUCACUAAAAUUGAUCUUUAGUUCAGCUUUGACUGUGAGAUCUCCUUUACACAUUACCUCUAACAUGAACUUAUCGUAUUUUUGCAUGGACUACAUUAUUGAGCCAUAUAGACAUUUCAUUGUACUGUAUAUAUGUAAAUGUAGUUUUAACUUUGUAAUGCUAUAUUGCACACAGCAGGGGGAUGGAACAUGAACUUUUAAUUUGUAUUUGUAAAUAUAUAUGUUUGUAUUCUCUUGUCUGUGAGGUAAUCUUACUAGAUUUACUGACUACGGCUCCUACCUACCUGUAGUUAUCAAAGCCACUGCUUUGUAGUUCGGCCCAUAUAAAUUCAGUUUAGUUCCUUCUGUACCAGUACUUCAGCAGUUAAGCUGAUACUUAACUAUCUAUUUGCCAACACUCUGGAAGUGCUUAGAGCACAAUAUGACUGCUCCAUCUCAAGAGGUGGGUUUAUAAGGAGUGUACUAAAGUAUUGGCUUGCUGUGAAGGAUGUGGUUUCGGCUAGUCUAUUUGCUAGUAGUAGAAUACAUUUGGCACCACAUGAAAAUUCUACCUGGCUCCGGGGGUUUGCCCACAAUAAAUUGAAAAAGAUGAAACAUGAAUAUAAAUCUUAAAAGCUGAGUGUUGGAGGGAGUUUACUAAUGCACCCCAUAUCUACACAACCCUUAACAACAAAAAAAAGAAUAAUUCAAAACACUGCUGGAGUGCUCUGUAUUUAAGUGAACUGAAACAAGCGGUUUGUGCAGUACUAAACUAAGAUAUAGAACAAUUCAGUUCUGUUGCGCAUCCAGUAGUUACUCUGCUGCCUAAUAUAAUCUUAAAUAAAAAAAAGCCUUUGGUUUUAGCACAUAUUACUGCUUUGUUAUAGAGCAGGUAGACUUUUAAAAAGCAUGCUUCUCCUUAUUUAGUCUGAAAGGUUGGAGAAGGAUGUUGGUUUUGGAAAGUGAUAUAACGAAGGGGAUUGGGAUACUGAAUGCUGUAAGGAAGGGGCUGUGUUUUUAUUGCAGGUGAAUUUGACAUUCAAAAAGAAACAAAAGCCAGCUAUUAUACUCUGAACAUGCUCUUGUUAUUUUUAAGACAUACAUGUCACAUCUGGACUCUAGAAAUUGAUAUGUUAAGUUAAUCGGGAUAAUUUUAUUUUAGCUGUAAUUUGGAAACCAGAAGUCAGUGUUUGUUAUCCCUUUACUGUAAAAUGACCCAGAUGUAAUAUGUAUAGCCUGGAUAAUGUCCCUGGGGUAAGACACCAGGUGGCAUAGUAGGAAGUCUUUCUUUAGAGAUGUCAUUUCAUUGGUCCCUGGGAUAUUCUUUACAUGUUCUUUAGUGGUGGGACCUAUAAUGCUGUCUGUCACUGCUUAAGUGAUUCUAAGCCCCAGAACCAACAAACCUACUGCCUAUUUACUGAAUAUAAAAAACAGCCCCAUAUAAAAAGACAGAGACAGAGAAGGUAAUAUAAUUAUUUUUUAUUUUUUUUUUAAAUAAGAGCUGUGGUAUGUAAGACAAGAAAGGAAUUGGGGUAAUUCUAGUGAAUUGUGAAAACAGUUUAAACUAAUCUGUGCAUUGCUUUUAAGUGUGUUUUCUUAAAAUGAAUUUAACUUGUGUUUUUUUUUUUUAAUAUUGUAUUUUUACAUUUUUUUGAAAGUGCCUUUGCUGAUUGGAGUACUUUAACUUCCAUUUAGACUAUCAGAUGUAUAUUUUGUUGCUCAGACUUGAAGUUAAAAAAAAUAAUAAUUCUGAUUAAUGUCCACAGUUAUCGUUAUUACAGGAUAAAAAUAUUACAGUUACGGUGACCCUCAACUGUUUAAUACAUUAAGAAGCAACAACAACUGUAGCACGGUUUUCUUUCUGAUGAAGACUCGGUUACCGUUACUGUGAUUAUGGUAAAUCACCCAUCUUGUGUCCAGGACAAAAGAAACUGCCCGAACAAUUUGCUUUAAUAUGGUCUUGUUCUGUGGCCUACCAAUUUUUUUUUAACUGGUGUGGGGACAGCUUUUCUUUGCCAAUUUUACCCUACUUAGACAGUCACUUAUUAAAAAUAUUGGUAUCCCUGAAUAAAUGAUUGUCUGUUUCUUCAAAUAUAUGCAUUAUUUUAAAUGUCUUUUUUUGAGCAAGAAAAUGUAGGGUACAUUUUAAUGCAGAACUGCGCACGUGAGGCGGUUUGUUAAUUUAACUAAUUUGCAAUAAUUUGAAGAGCAGACCUUAUGUCCAUGGAUACCAGGUUAUUUAGUAAGGAACUAAUGCGCCCAAUCCCAAAGCACCACAGACUAACAGAGAUUUAAAAUUGGUAGGUCAGGAUAUUGUGAUGGCUACAUGACCACUAGAUAUUUGCCAACCACUGUUACCUUCAUUGCCAUGGUACUAAGGCAUGACAGAACACCCUGUUACUUGAUACCAUUCUGGUCCUAUGUACUUCAUGUUGUUGCAAAAAGAAAUGAAACUCGAUCAAAUCAGAAUGUUAUUACAGUCACAGGAUCCUGUGUAACUUCUGUUUGCAUGUGUCUGUUACAUUAUAACCACUGUGGGACCAGUCUUGCUGUGAUAUAUUUCUUGUGCAUAGACUGAAAAUGUGAUUUCUUUUUUUAGUUUUUUGUGUUUUUUAAUAUAGAUUAUGAUAGUAGCACAUGGACCUAAUGCUUCUUGGCAGCUCCUGGUUGAAAGGACAUUCUUUUUAAAACAAUAUAAAAAAAUUCUCAACUGAACUGAUUUUAUUUGACUGUGAAAAGUCCAGACACUGUUUGUUUUUAUCUAUUGUUUUUUUUAAAGUUAUGAUCCAAAAUAUUAAUUUAGUUUUAUUAAAUGAUGCUUACAAAACCUGUGUCAAAUAGACAGCUUUUAUUUUUUUGAUGUUGGUUGUUAAAUCCAGCACUGGGAGAGGGAUUGAAGUGAAAUGUUUCCCUCAAUUUCUGUCCUAGUGGAUUAGAAGUGUGAUGAAUAUUGAAUCCAACUCCUAAUAUAAUUAAACGGGAGAGCAGCUCCAUCCUGUGAAAUAUAAACCAGCUAUCCAAUGUAUUAUUAUCCCAGGUCUAAAGGCUGAGAUUAGUUUUGCAAAGCAACCCCAGUUUAUUGUUACUUCAGGGAGCAGAUUACCUUUCUUCACCCAGCAAAGUGUUGCAUGAGUUUAUGGUUCAGCUUAUAUCUCAUUUUGUUGGGCAGCCAUGGCUAAUCACUCGGGGAACGAUAUCUCUGUCUCUUGCGGAAGCCUAAGACGAGAACAACUAUCUAAUAAAUACCCUCCCACUGAAAACCUGACUACAGCACUGAAUUUGUAUUGUAAAUAGCCCUUGAUCUUAAUUAACUAGCCCUGUAUUUCAGGGGUAAGCUGAGAGUCCCUGACUCGCCAGGAGGAUAAGAAGUAUGGUCUGUGUUUUAUUAUUUUACUAGCUGGUUAAGAGUUCAUGGCGAGGUUUGCCAAUACUCUGUUUUUGUUUUAUUUAGUUAUAGGUGGAAUAGCAUAAUUGUGUUUUUGUAUUAACAAAAGUUUAAAAUGUUUUUGUCUUUUAUAUUUUUAUGUAAAAUAUAAGAUGUUUUGGUUUGCUUUUAUCUUGGUUUCAGUUGUUGGAUUAAAUAGGUUUUACAUUA